CGACCGAGACCGCCUAGCAGCGCGGGGCCCAGACUCCCCACGGAUGCAAGCAGCUCUUUGUUCCACCUUGACAAAACCCCCAGAAAUACACCUUUGGCCAGCUCCAGUGGCUUCUCUCUGAACAUCCGGGUGUCCCAGUGUGUGCCUGAACCAUGCAAAGCACAAUAUGGUUGUAAGAGCGCCAAGACCAGUGAUCUGAGUAGACAAAACCCACCUUGAAUUGUAAAUGUGGUGGUGUGAGUGUGUUUAAAUUAAAAAUCCUGCCUAGUAAAGCAGGAUUUGUUGGCGUUUGUUGUGUCUUAGUGAGUGAGUGGCUAUUAGUGGAGGCCUCAGAGCCUUCUGACAUUUCUGCAUCAUGCCCGCUGUAAAUGGAACGACACUUUCAGACAAUGUCCCCAGUGCACCAUCACAGGUGGCGGCCAAGAAGGCCAACAAGGCAUCAGUGGAGGCCGUUUACCAAAAGAAGACUCAACUGGAGCACAUUCUACUCCGUCCUGACACUUACAUUGGAUCUGUGGAAUAUGUGACAGAACAGAUGUGGGUCUAUGAUAGAGAAUCAGAGAGAAUUACGCAGAGAGAAGUCUCAUAUGUGCCUGGCCUGUACAAGAUCUUUGAUGAAAUCCUUGUGAAUGCUGCUGAUAACAAGCAGAGAGAUCGCAGCAUGGAUAUGAUUAAGGUGGACAUUGAUCCUGAGAAUAAUCAAAUAUCCAUCUACAACAAUGGUAAAGGUAUCCCUGUGGUGAUGCACAAGGGAGAGAAGAUGUAUGUCCCCACCAUGAUCUUUGGGCACCUCCUUACUUCCUCCAAUUACAACGAUGAGGAGCAGAAGGUGACGGGUGGACGUAAUGGUUAUGGUGCCAAGUUGUGUAACAUCUUCAGCAGCAAGUUCACUGUUGAGACUGCCUCUGAGGAGUAUAUGUCAAGUUAUAAGCAGACCUGGGCAGAGAACAUGAGCAAGGCCAGUGAAGCAAAGAUCAAGAACUAUGGAGGUGAAGAUUUCACCAGAGUCACAUUUUCACCAGAUCUUAAGAAGUUCAAGAUGGAGACUUUGGAUGAGGACAUUGUUGCUCUCCUGUCCCGUAGAGCGUAUGACGUUGCUGCCUCCUCCAGGGGGGUGAAGGUGUAUCUCAAUGGAAAACGCAUUCCUAUUAAGAACUUUAAGGAUUAUGUUGAUCUAUACCUGAAGGAUAAAGUUGAUGAUGCAGAUAAUCCUGUGAAAGCAGUAUAUGAAAAUGUGAAUGAAAGAUGGGAGGUGGCAGUAGCCCUCUCAGACAAGGGGUUCCAGCAAAUGUCCUUCGUUAACAGUAUUGCUACCACUAAGGGAGGAAGACAUGUUGAUUAUGUGACAGAUAACAUUGUUAAGAACCUGACUGAAACUUUAAAGAAGAAAAAUAAAAGUGGCAUUCAAAUAAAGCCUUUCCAAAUUAAAAAUCAUCUGUGGGUCUUUGUAAACUGUUUGAUUGUUAAUCCAACCUUUGAUUCUCAAACCAAAGAAAACAUGACCCUCCAAGCCAAGAGUUUUGGGUCCAAGUGUACAUUUUCUGAAAAAUACAUUGCUAAUAUAAUGAAGUGUGGUGUUGUGGAAGCAGUGAUGGCCUGGGCAAGGUUCAAGCAACAAGCUCAAUUGCAGUCCAAAUGUGCCAGUAAGAAGCACACCAAGCUCAAAGGUAUUCCCAAGCUGGAAGAUGCCAAUGAUGCUGGGACAAAAGACUCUUCCAGUUGCACACUCAUCCUCACUGAGGGAGACUCAGCCAAGACAUUGGCUGUGGCUGGACUUGGUGUGGUGGGCAGGAACAGAUAUGGUGUCUUCCCCCUUAGAGGUAAACUUUUAAAUGUUCGUGAAGCCUCCCACAAGCAAAUUUUAGAAAAUGCAGAAAUCAACAAUAUCAUCAAAAUUCUGGGUCUUCAGUACAAGAAGAAGUAUGAAACAGAUGCAGACAUGAAGACUCUGCGCUAUGGCAAACUGAUGAUUAUGACAGAUCAGGAUCAGGAUGGCUCCCACAUCAAGGGUCUACUGAUCAACUUCAUCCACCACAACUGGCCCACUCUGCUGCGCCGCCCCUUCAUGGAAGAGUUUAUCACACCCAUUGUCAAGGCUUCCAAGGGGGGCAGGGAGAUUUCUUUCUAUUCACUGCCAGAAUUUGAGGAAUGGAAAAAAGCACGAGACAACUGGCACACCUACAAGAUAAAGUACUACAAAGGUUUGGGUACUUCAACUUCAAAAGAGGCGAAGGAGUACUUCACAGACAUGUUGCGUCACCGGGUCAUUUUUGAUUACAGUGGUGCUCAAGAUGACCACUCUAUUCAGAUGGCCUUCAGCAAAAAGGCAGUAGAUCAGCGGAAGGAGUGGCUGACGGGCUGGAUGGAAGAGUGCAAGCGGCGUAAGGAGCUGGGGUUGCCAGAUAUCUACCUUUAUGAGAAGGACACCAAGAGUGUCACCUACACUGACUUUGUCAACAAGGAGCUUGUUCUGUUUUCCAAUUUAGACAAUGAGCGUUCCAUUCCCUGCUUGGUGGAUGGACUCAAGCCAGGCCAGAGAAAGGUGCUUUUUACCUGCUUAAAGAGAAAUGACAAGCGAGAAAUUAAAGUGGCCCAGUUGGCUGGUUCUGUGGCUGAACACUCGGCAUAUCACCACGGCGAGACCUCCCUCAUGUCCACCAUCAUCAAUCUGGCACAGGACUUUGUUGGGUCUAACAACAUCAAUCUCCUCCUGCCCAUUGGUCAGUUUGGAACCAGGCUGCAGGGAGGCAAGGAUUCUGCAAGUCCCAGAUAUAUCUUCACUAUGUUGAGCAAACUCACUCGGACCAUCUUCCACGUCCAUGAUGAGCCACUCUUGAGGAGCAACUAUGAUGACAACAAGCGUAUUGAGCCUGAGUGGUACAUUCCCAUCAUUCCCAUGGUGCUGGUGAAUGGGGCAGAAGGCAUUGGAACAGGUUGGAGCACCAAGAUUCCAAAUUACAAUCCACGAGAGAUUGUCAACAACCUCAAGAGAAUGAUAAAUGGAGAAGAACCAGAGAGGAUGAAACCAUGGUUCAAAGGAUUCAGGGGCACAGUGGAGGAGAUUGAUGGCCAGCGUUAUGUGAUACAUGGUGAGGUAGCUGACCUAGGAAACAACAAGAUAGAGAUCACAGAGUUGCCUUUACGUGUCUGGACGCAAGUCUACAAAGAAACUGUAAUGGAGCCACUAUUUAUAGGCAGUGACAAAGCUCCUGCCAUCAUCACUGACUACAAGGAAUACCACACAGACACUACUGUGCGCUUUGUGGUGAGCAUGACUGAAGACAAAUUCCAGAAGGCACUUGCAGAUGGCAUGCAUAAGGUCUUUAAACUGCAAGGCUCCCUGACCACUUCCUCUAUGGUCCUCUUUGAUCACAAUGGUGUUCUUCGGAAAUAUGAAACAGUGGAUCAGAUCCUGAGGGAGUUCUUUGACCUUCGUCUCCAGUAUUAUGAGAAGAGAAAGGCAUAUCUGGUGGGAUUCUUAGAGGCAGAAGCCUGCAAAUUGUCUAACCAGGCAAGAUUCAUCUUGGAGAAGUGUGACGGCAGUCUAGUAAUUGAAAACAAGAAGAAAAAGGACACUAUAGCUGAGCUCCAGAGAAAGGGAUAUGAUUCUGAUCCUAUCAAGUCUUGGAAGAAGCUCCAGGACCUAAAUGCUCUUUUGGAAGAACAACAGGAGACUGAAGUGGAAGAAGAGGAGGCAGAAGACUCCAGCGGGCCUGAUUAUGACUACUUGCUGGGCAUGAAGCUGUGGUCGUUGACUUUGGAAAGGAAGAAUGAAAUUCUGAAAAAUAGAGAUGAAAAGACACAAGAACUGAGACUGUUAAAAGAGAAAUCACCAUCAGAUCUUUGGAUUAAUGAUCUUGAUUGUUUCCUAGAGCAGCUGGAUGCUGUGGAUGCUGAGGAGAGAGAUGGCGAGAAACCUAAGAAGCCAAGAAAGAAGAAGGCCAGAGACGAUGAUGAUGAUGAUGAGGACUUCGAGAUUGGCAAAGCAGCAAAGAAAAAAUCUAAGAAGCGAGGAAGUAGUAAUUCGGCAGCUGAUGCUAAUGAAACUAAACCGUCAGCAUUUGGAGAGAGGGUAGUGCCGCUCAUUGACCAGGAGCUAAAGAAGAAGUUUGAGAAGGCUGCCGCUCUUAAGGAAAAGGAGAAGGGAAAGAAGACCAAGAAGGAAGCAAGGGAGUCAGGUGAACCUGAUGAGUUUGAUGAGCUGGUGGCUGCCAACACAGGGAAGUCUCUGGCCUCCCGGCUCGGCAACUCCCCAGAUAUGAUCAUGAAGAAGGCAAAGGCAAAAAAAGCUAGUGAUGGAAUGAAACAGACAAAGCUCAACUUCAAGAAGACAAGUCCUAAAAAGAAAGGCUGGAACUCAGAUGAUGAAAACAGCAAUUUGAGUGAUGUGUCUGUGGACUUGGAGCCCCGAGAGCGCACCUCGUCCCGAAGAACUGCAGCUACAAAAGUCAAGUAUACCAGAGAUGAGAGCAGCAGCAGCAGUGGUGGUGAGGAGUUUCAUGACAAUGUGGGGAUAGAAGAACCCGACAUGAUUGUGAGCAACACUAUAUUAGACGAUUCUCAUGCAGGGAAAGAUGACACCAUAGCUGUGAGUGACACAGAUUCUGAAUUUGAAGAAAAACCACAGAAAAAACCUAAAGUGACAGCACCUCCUCAGGACAAACCAUCUGCCUCAGACCUGUUUGAUUCUAUGAUGACAGGAUCAUCAAUAUCUCCACCUACAACUACAAGUGACAAGACGCCUCCCAAGAAGCGUGUUAUAUCCUCCAUGGACAGUAGUGACGAGGAGCCAAAACCCAAGAAAAAGUCAGGGCCAAAGAAGACUGCUGCAGCCACUUACUCAAAUGACAUAUCAGAUGAUGAUGUUCCGAAGCAGAAGAAGAAACCAGCUCCCAAGAAGAAAGCCCUUGCCAAGCCUGCUGCCAUGUCUGAUGAUGAGGAUGUCCCUAAGCCCAAGAAAAAGCCUGGUCCCAAGAAGACUGCAGCAGCCAAGAAGAAGGCUGCUGGCUCAGACUCAGAUGAUAUGUUUGAAAAUUUCUCUAGUGGUAAAAGUGUGAAAAGCAGUGAAGCGGCCAAUCUUCCCCCACCACGGGAGCGGCCAGGACGUCAGAGGAAGGCUCCUGUAGUGUAUACCUUGAGUGAUGAUGAGUCAGAUGAUGACUAUUAGAUGAAAUGUGAAAAUCUCUUCCUGAUCCUUGUGUUUGGUUAAGGGGUGGCUCAGUGUCAGGAAUGGUGUCUGAUCAUCACAAGUGUGUUUUAGGACAUUCAUUGAAGCAUUUUGUCAAGGCUGUUUUAAAAGUUUUAUUUUAUUUGAGCUUACUUCUUGGUAUUGUUCUAUUUUUAUACAUAUAUUUUUUAGUAGCCUUGCUGUAAUUUGGUAAACCUCAUGAAUUGUUUAUAAAGAUUGAUGAAAGAAAACUUAAGAUGAAUCUAUGUCUGGAUUGAUGCCACUUCUCUCUUGAAUUCUUCAUGUAAUAAAUGCUGCAACUUUAAUUUCAUGAAGAAAAUGGCAACAAUGCAGAUAUAGAUUAAAAGAACUUAGUUUUUUAUAUAAUGACUCUAGCAUUUUUUUAUUUGUUCAUGAUUGCACAAAUUUUUAUUUAUUUAUUUAUUUUUUUUCAUUUUUUUUUAUUAUUAUUAUUAUUAUUAUUAUUAUUAUUAUUAUUAUUAUUAUUAUUAUUAUUAUUAUUAUUAUUAUUAUUAUUAUUAUUUUCCUAUUGUGGAAUCCCUAAUACAGUGGUUUUAUUUUGCAAUGCAGUACAUACUAGAGCAUACACGUUCACUCAUUUAUAGUCGUUAAACUAGAGUUUUGGUAAAGAUAGGGCCCUAAGAUAUUUUAUGUAACACUUGAUACUAUUAACAUGACAACAUAAUAGAUAGAUAGACCUUG